ACUAGGCAUCUACAGGCACAGACUUCUUUCGAAUGCUUUUCUUAAACUCCAGGUAUUUGUGGAUUUCACUUUCGGUGCCGGUGGGCACACACGAGCCCUAUUGUCUGCAUGUCCUGAUAUUACUGUCUAUUGUCUCGAUUGCGAUCCCUUGGCCAUAAACUACGCCAAAGAUCUUUCCAUUUCAACCAACCGGUUUGCCUCGAUGGUCGGAGCCAUGCUUGUACUGCUCAUCUUCCUUAACCACGCCUCGGCCAUACCGACAUCAAAAGUAGUGGUGGAAGGCGUCACAGACAAAGGAGAUCACAAAGUCCUCAGUCCAUCAGCCUGGAGAGUGCUUGUCAGAUUCGUGAUGAAGAAAGCUGCUAUGAAGGUGGCUAAGGACGCUAUCAAGAGUCAUGCGACCGUUGGUUUCGCAAACGUGCAUAUAAACCACGUCGGAGAAUUCGUGUGCAUUAGUGUCCACAUCUGCCCCUACAUGAUGCUUCAUCUUCGCGUGCUCGUGCUCAUUCUCCUAUGCAGUGUUUUGUCAUCCGGAUCAACGGUUCACCUGGAUCCCGAGUCGCAGAAGCUACUACAAGAAUUAUCGGAUAACAUAGAGGACACGGAAAUAAUGGCAGAAACGGAUGAUGUGCUGGAGGCUGCUCGAAUUAGACAAUGGAGGGUGAUUCCAGUGCAGGGCCGCUUUAGUGAGUCUCUCGCACUCCUAACCGACGUUGGCUGUACCUCAGGAACUGUGAAUGGCGUGGUGAUGGACCUUGGAGCAAGUUCCAUGCAAAUGGACUCCCCAGAUCGUGGAUUCGGCCUAAGCACAAAUUCACCACUCGACAUGCGCAUGUCCUUCUGCCGCAAAGCUAGGUAA